GGACUGCGCAUGUGCAGCGCUGGCAGUGACGCGGCUGGUGUCAUGGCGUGCGCUCGGCUCUCGCGGCUGCGCUGCUCCGGCAGUUGGCUCCGGCCCGGGCCCGGGCCCCGGCGUCUGCCCCCUCACAGGGCACACUCCGAGCAACCGGCCCCGCAAAGCGCCGACCCGUUCAACACUCAGCAACACCAGGCCCUGAGAGAGAGUCUGCGAAAGAUCAUUGAGAAGGAAAUCAAUCCUUUUGUUGAUAAAUGGGAAGAAGAAGGAAUAUUCCCAGCCCAUCGAAUUUUCAAAAUUCUCGGACAAGCUGGCUUCCUGGGCGUGAAUAAACCGAUAGAAUAUGGUGGACUCGGUUUGGAUUUCAGCUACAGUAUGGCUGUGGCAGAAGAGCUGGGACACAUCCGCUGUGGAGGAGUGCCCAUGGCAAUCGGUGUCCAGAGUGACAUGGCAACACCAGCUUUAGCUAGGUUUGGCUCAGAUGAAUUGAAACGUCAGUUCCUUACACCUACCAUUGCUGGGGACUUGGUAGCCUGUUUAGGAGUCAGUGAAGCAGAAGCUGGAUCUGAUGUUGCAAAUAUCAAGACCAAAGCUGUCAGGAAGGGAGAUGACUACAUAAUAAACGGAGGAAAGAUGUGGAUAACUAAUGGAUGUCAGGCUGACUGGAUGUGUCUCUUAGCAAACACUAAUGAUGGACCUCGUCACAGAAACAAGUCUCUCAUAUGUCUUCCCAUGAAUUUAGAAGGAAUCCAGGUGGCCAAGAAGAUCGAUAAAUUGGGUAUGAGAUCAUCAGACACAGCACAAAUCUUUUUCGAAGAUGUCAGAGUUCCAAGCAAGUACCUCAUUGGGAAAGAAGGAAUGGGAUUUACCUAUCAAAUGUUGCAAUUUCAAGAGGAGCGCAUGUGGGGAGUUGCAGGAAUGUUGGUUCCAAUGCAGAACAUCAUACAGGAAACCAUUGAAUAUACACGGCAACGCAAAGUAUUCAAUCAGCCGAUCUUACACAACCAGACAGUACAUUUCCGUCUUGCUGAACUUGAGACUGAGAUUGAACUGCUCCGUUCUCUCCUUUAUCGUUGUGUUGCUCAGUAUAUUCAAGGAAAUGAUGUAACAAAGCUAGCCUCAAUGGCGAAGUUGAAGGGAGGCCGUCUGGUUCGUGAGGUAACAGACAGCUGCCUCCAGUACUGGGGAGGAAUGGGUUUUACUAAUGAGGUACUGGUCAGUCGGCUGUUUAGAGAUAUGAGGCUGAUGUCAAUAGGAGCUGGCACUGAUGAAGUUAUGCUGUCUAUCAUAUGCAAGUAUAUGGGGACCAUUCCUGAAUCAAAAUGAUUGAUACAAAGGUCCAGAAGAAAGUAUUGGCAAUAAUUGGUAUUGGUGUUUUAUUUGGGAUGUUUGAUUUUAGGACACAUUUAGAAGAUAUUAAUGUACACAAAAUAAGCAACGUAAUGCAAUGUGUUUUUCUGAGCCAUACUAUGUGAAUUAUCAUCUUGGGGGAAGAGAUACUAUCAUCAGACUUGAAAUAAGUUGUUAGUUUGUGUAACAUCCUAAACACAUUUUACAAACACUUUUGAUUAAUUGCCAUACUUGUUUUAAUCAGUGUUGUUCACAACUAGUAUUAGUUAAUUGGAUUUAAUAUAAAUUCCGAACCUUGUAUCUUCUUUAAAUACCUUCCGCCCAGGUAAUGUGUUUCUUAUUAAAAAUUAUUAUUCAGAAGUAAAUGCAAACUAAAGCUUGAACCUAGGCUGACAUGUUCAUUGCCAAAGUGUUGGUGUUUACAUCAGUUGGUAUCAGCUACGAUACUAAACAACAUGACCUGAAGGUAUAAGGGAAGAGCAUGGCUUUGGUUUCCAAUGGAAAAGAGAAAACAGUUCAAUGAGAGCAAUGGGAAUGGCACAUUUUGAAGGUGGCUAUUCAGUUUCUUUCCAGUUACAUUGCCAGGAGUUGAAUGACUUUGGUGAAUGAAGUUAGGGAUUUACUGUAAUAUUGUGGACUCGAAUACUUUAAAUGGUGCUAUAGCUAUUUUUCUAAUUUGUUUCCUAGAGUAUCUCUUUAAAUUUUCAUAGAUAUUCCUGUAGUGCCUUUCUAAAAAUUCAGAUACAUAAUUUUUAUACUAUAAUUAUCUAUUUGUUCUGCUGUGUUAUCUGCUUCCAAGUGUAUAAUCAUCUAUAGAGAAAAGAAUAAGGUGGGUAGUGAAGGGAUCUCUUAAGAGGUCUAUGUUAUAAUUAAGUGCCUGUGCACAUUGUUGUUGAACAGUAAAAUGGCAAAGUGCACUAAAUCUUUCAGUAAGUCUAUUCCAUUUAACCCUGCUGGGAAUUUAUGUAUAAUUUUACUCUUCAUUACAAUGACAUUUUCCAUAAAUCGCCUAAAUAUGUUUAGACUUUAGUGAAAUGGUCAUGUAUCUACGUUCCUUAUAAAUCAGUGCCGAGUAAUUUGCUAAUCCCACCUCCUGAACUGUCAUCAUGUAGCACAGUCCAAUGCCUCAAGAGUCGUCUCAGACUAACUUUGAAAUGCCAUCUACCGGCCGCACGAGCGUGCACCAGAGCUAUGUGUAACAGUGCCUUAUUAGGCAAAUUUCAGGAUCAAUGUAUUUCUGUAAUGUGUAUUGUAAAAUAUAAUUAAAUUAUGAUUUUAUUCCCCCAA